UCCAGCUCGAGCAGCGGCCCAAAAGGUGGUCUUUCUACGUCUUCUGCAGUCGCCGCCACUUUAGCUUCUUGUGGCCAUCAAUGGCGAAGCGUCUGCUUCCUCUGCUUAACCGUGUGCUCGUAGAUAAGAUCGUCCCUCCUUCCAAGACCAGUGCCGGGAUCCUUCUCCCGGAGAAGACAACCAAGUUGAACUCUGGAAAAGUUAUAGCGGUAGGCCCUGGAGCACGCGAUAGAAAUGGAAAUAUCAUCCCAGUCACUGUGAAGGAAGGAGAUAUAGUUUUGCUGCCAGAAUAUGGUGGAACUGAGGUCAAGCUUGGUGAUAAAGAGUAUCACAUCUUCAGAGAAGACGACAUUCUUGGUACCCUUCAUGACUGAUUUCCUAUAACAUUAAGUUUUCAGUCUGGUUUGUAGUGUCCUUCCUUGAGGUUGUAUUAGAAGCUUUGAACGUUUGAAAUCCUACUCUUGCUGUCAUUUUUCAAUCAUAAGUGAUGGAUCAAAGUGUCAUUGACUUCAAAUUUUGGAAUAAACUCUUUUGAUAACUAA